AUGUUGGACGCGUUGUGGAAAGUACUUCUUGUGGUUGUAGUAAUAUUUUUCACAAAGAAAAUAUCUCACAGUGCGGCAAGAAAAAUAAUGUUUUAUUUCUACUUUUUCGUCUUCUAUCUUACAGGAAGUCUAUUAGCAUGUGUAAUUUGGCCAUACUUUUUACUCAAUCCGAAAAAUGUAAAAAAUGCGAAAGCAGCAGCUAACAUUUUAAAAUAUGUUACAAAACUUUAUGAUCUAAAAUGGGAAUUGAGAAAUAGUGAAAUUCUAGCGGAAGAACGCGGAGCUAUAAUUGUCUCCAAUCAUCAGUCAUCUCUUGACGUACUAGGACUCUUCAACAUAUGGAAUGUGGUAGAUAAGCUAACAGUAAUCGCUAAGAAAGAAGUAUUUUAUGUAUGGCCGUUCGGACUUGCGGCUUAUCUUGCUGGUGUCGUCUUCAUAGACAGAAAAGAUACGAAGGGAGCAUAUAAGCAACUGAGAGAAACCUCGGAACUUAUGAAUAGAAAGACAAAGAUAUGGUUGUUUCCGGAAGGCACUCGAAAUAAGGACUACACAAAAUUAUUGCCUUUUAAAAAAGGCGCAUUUUCUAUGGCAAUAGCUGCCCAAAAACCAGUUAUCCCAGUUGUUUUUUCACCAUAUUAUUUCAUAAAUAAAAGCAAAUAUGUCUUCAGCAAAGGUCACGUUGUGAUCCAAUGCCUUGAUCCCAUAUCCACGCAAGGAAUGACGAUGGAUGACGUGUCGAGACUGACAGAAAAGGUCCAUGAUGUAAUGGAAAAAGCUUUUAUAAAUCUAUCUAAUGAAGUUUUUAGCUCUCUACCAUCAGACUACCCUCAUACUUUAAAAGGAUAACGUUUUUGUGACAAUUGACAUUUUAUGUGUUUUAUACCAAAGACACUUAGUAUUAGGGG